GCGGAGAGCCUGCGGGGGAACCGGGGCUCUGCUCCAGUGGCGCGAUGGGGCGGGCGGGCCGCCGGCUGCCCGCCUUGGUGGCGCUUUUCUACGGGGUGCUGGCAGCGCUGGCGCUACUCGGAGUGCGAGACGUGCUGUUCCUCUACGAAGAGAACCGGUGCAGCAUGACCUACAUGUACGAGUAUCCCGAGUACCUGAAAAUAAAGUUACCCAAGAAAACAGCUAGACGAUACCCAGCGUAUGAGCUCUAUCUCUAUGGGGAAGGGAACUACGCUGAAGAAAACAAAAAUCUCCUACUGACAGGAAUUCCGGUUCUCUUUCUUCCUGGGAACGCUGGCAGUUACAAACAAGUACGUUCUCUGGGCUCCAUUGCACUUAGAAAAGCAGAAGAUGUUGACUUCAAGUAUCAUUUUAAUUUCUUCAGUGUCAACUUUAAUGAAGAGUUGGUUGCGUUGUAUGGUGGUAGUCUGCAACGACAGACCAAGUUUGUGCAUGAAUGCAUAAAAGUAAUUCUUAAGUUAUACAGGAAUAGAGAGUUUGGACCAACCAGUGUUGCAAUAGUAGGUCAUUCCAUGGGUGGUCUUGUUGCCAGAGCAUUGCUUACUCUGAAGAAUUUUAAGCCUGAACUUAUAAACCUCCUCAUUACACAAGCCACACCUCAUGUCGCACCUGUAAUGCCUUUAGACAAAUAUCUUACUGAUUUUUAUACCGCUGUCAACAAUCAUUGGAUUCUAAAGGCCCAAGAUUUAAGAAAUUUAACUACCCUUUCUGUGGCGGGAGGAUUCAGAGAUUACCAAGUUCGUUCAGGACUGGCGUUUCUACCAAGAUUGAGUCAACAUGACAGUACCUUAUCUGUUGUGAGCUCAGCUGUGCCUAGAGUUUGGGCCUCAACAGACCAUCUCUCCAUAGUGUGGUGUAAAGAAUUGAUCCUGGCUACCAUUAGAGCUUUUUUCGAUCUUGUAGAUGAAAACACAAGGCAGAUAACUGACGAUCCAAAGAAGAGAAUGUCUGUAUUGAAUCACCACUUUGUGAGACAUCCUGCAAAAAUAUUUGAGGAAAAUCCUGAAGCUUUUACAGGACUCACAGGAGCUUUUAGAUGGAUUACAGUCAAAGCCUCAAAAUGGACUUACACAGUUUACAAUGAUUCUGAUGGAAAAUACUUCACGUUUCCUCUUUCAAGCCACAGAAAAUUGUACAGUCAUGUUUACUGUGAAAACAGUAUGUUGGACACAAGUAGCUGGAUUUAUGGCUGUAUGAACAGUAAUUCGUUGAUGUGCCUGGAAGCUGUUGAUUUAUCCUGGAGAACUGAGUUACUUCCAACCACCAAGGUUGUAAUACUGAAACUUCAGGACUAUCCUUCUUUGUCGCACGUUGUCAUUCAGGUACCACCCACAGUUGGCAAAAAGUAUACGUUGGACUGUGAAUUCUUCAAAGAGGAUUCCAGAAAAGUACAGCUUCCUGUAACACAUCUUUUUUCAUUUGGGCUUUCUUCAAGCAAAAUUAUGUUAAAUUCAACUGGCUUACUUUACAGUGUACAGCUCCAGCACUUUAACCAGAUAUAUCAAGCUUUCAAUAUUUAUAUAGAGAGCCACUGCCAGUCACUCAAAGAAAGAAAACCUAGUGUUUACAGACUUCACAUACCCUGGUCACAUGAAGACUCAGUAGUUGUAUCCAAAGUUCCGUCUUCUACUGAGAUUUCUGCAAAACUGCAUGUUGCUCAGCCUCAAAAUGACAGCAGGGUUCCAGAGUUAAAUAUUUACUCUUCCUCAGACUGUCAGUACGAAGUAAUUCUGAAGACAUCGCUUUUACAGAUUCUUGGGCAAAUAAUAAGGUUCCAUGCCAGUGCUCUUCCUGUCUAUGUUGUUUCUAAUAUUCUUCUUACUUAUGGAGGACAAUUAAGCACAUUGAUAUCAGCAGGCCAGUGUUCAGACUUUUCCCUUGAACUAGUUAGGACAGCUAAACCCUACAAAGUAGAACCUCUUAUAAGCAUUGUUGUGUUUCUGCAGGGGUUUAACUGGUUUCAAGAGAUAUGGGAAUCACUGUCACUACCAGAGUUGGAGGCUGCUGUACUGAGGAGUCAGGAUGCGUGGUUCCCCCUUGUGUCCCUGAUUCUGUUUCUUUUGGGGACAGGCAUUGCCUACUGGAGUGGAGUGUUUUUCUCUACAGCUCUGAGACUCUUUUCUUCAUUAUGGUUAACUCUGUUUAGACCUACUGUACUUCAAAAACAUAACAGGUUGAUUACACCCAGAAGAUUCUGUGUGAUGUUAUUCCUUGCUUUGGUUAGCUGGACCACUUGUGGUGCAUUUGCUGUAUUCAUUAUUUAUCUUCAAUACUUGUUCAAGGUUAUAAAACUACAUGUGAAUGUAAGAGCAGAAGAAAACAUGCUUAAUGGGGAUUCAGACUGCUCAAAAGAAACUUCACAGAACUCCAGUAUAUACACAGUCAAAAACCAGAGUUCAACGGACAGUACCUCAAAAGCAACACAAUCUCUUUGCGACAGUACAACAAUUGCUGAAGCCAUUAACAGUCUUAAGAUGCAUGUUACAAUUCUCAAUUUAUUCACAUGGAUUGUGCUGCUCAAUUUGCCAUCUUUAAUUUAUUGGUUAAAAAAUAUCAGGUACGGUGUUCGACUUGAUCCUGAUCCAUGUAGAUCUACAGCCAUUAUCCUUGUAUGCAUUUUAGAAAUUCUCAUGAACUCAGGUACAUCUGAAGUGAAAUCAAGUAAACUCUUGAAGAUCGCAGCCAAAGUUCCACUCCCUUUGUCUGUUGCAAUGUUGGCCUUUGGACGAAUGCAUUUAUACAAAGUACCGCACUUUGUAACCUUUUCUCUUCUUCUACAUGUGCUGUGUUGUAUUGUGUAACAUUCGGGAUACAUAGGAAGAACAGUGCAGCCUAGAAACUUAACACUGGACAUGGGGCGAAUUUCAACAAAGAAUUGCCUAGAUGAAUGUCAUCAGUAGUUUGUUAUGUGGGAAAGAGGACAGAACUGUGAAUACUUUAUGAAAAGUUUGUGGUUCUGUUCAUGUUGCUUAGAAAGUUUUUCAUGGUGUUUAUUUCCUGACUGUGAAAAUUAAGUGAAUUAACUGUGUGUGUGUGUGUGUGUGUGUAAGCACGUAAAUCGUAUUAGUGUAACAUCUCAAUACUCUGUUUGCCUUGUAGACACUUUGAUAUUUCACUAUACUACUUUGUUGAAACAGACUUUUUUUAUUCACUAUGCCAUGCAGUGCAUAUGUUCUGAACUUGCAUCUCUUGCAGGUCUAAAUUAUGCUGGUUACAACUCAAUACAUUUCAAGCACACUGUGAUUAUCACAAAAACUACACAGCCAAGUAUACUUGUAAUCAUUUUAUGCUACAUUUAAAAGCUGCCACAGUUGUGUCUAGACAAACUAGAAUGUACUGCUUAUAUAGAACUGUUAUUUCUAUAAAAUCAUUUGUUCAAUCAGUGUGAGUUGAACAUUUGUGAUACUAUUGAAAGUCUUAUACAUUUUACUUUUUGUGAGAGUGAGAGAACAAUGAUAUUCUGUGUAGCUUUCUAUUCAGGAAGGAUAUCAGCAGAUUCAUAGACAAUUUGCUGUGAUGUUGUUUUAAAACAUUGCCAGUUUUCUCUGGAAUUUUGUCAAUACUGAAAUUACUCCUUGGACCUUGUCCAUAUGUAGAAGCUAGUAAAUGUUAAGGUAUAGUGUGAGUUUACAGUUCAGUUGCUGUACUGCACUUCUUCCAAGUCGACAAGGCAGGCUUUUUUCCUAUUGUAAAUGGAGAAUAAACCAUCUCAUAAUAAGCAUCCAUAUAUGAAAUGAAUAUGGAAUAGUUAUCACACUGUAAAUUCAUGCCCUGCCAUACAGUGCUAACUUCCUCACAUGGACAAACUUGUAGUAAUAGUAGGAAAUACUAACCAUAAUUAUUAGCUCUGUAUAAAGUAUUAUCUUAGUGCCUAGAUGCUACAGUGACUGCCAUGUAUAAUAAAGCCUAAAAUAGCUAUGUGUAAGGAAUUCUGUCCCCUGGGUAUAUGUUUUGCCAACAGAAGAAGUCUCAGUAGCCAUUAGGUUAAUAUGAUGUAUUGAUCCCAUGUAGAGAUGAGCCUACUACUUGUUUUGUGUGUUAGCUGCUGUGUUCUGCGCUCUGUCCAAGAUACCUGUUAUCUUCAUAUUAGAUGAGCUCAGUUAUCUUACAUGAAUAAUAAGAGGAAAUCUGCUACCUACAGUCAAUCAAGUAUAUUCUUGAUAUAGUAGUACAGCCAGCCUGACCCAUUCGUUUUACCGUAUCUCAUUAAUCUUGCCUAAAGUGCCUCAGUUCUAGCGUGUUGUUAGGAUCAAUUCAUAUGCGCAGGCUGGAAAGACUUAAUUCACACAGUGACUUUCUGAAAUGAAGGACAAAUAUGAAGUAGGCAUCUGUUUUGUCCACUUGUAUACUAGUCAGCAGUUCAAGCUACCAGUAAACCAUUAAAACUUCUUUAACAGGGUAAGAUUAUUGUAGUUAACCAAGCUGCUGUCACUGUUAUCAGUAACUUAUGUGCUGGUAUUCUAGUCUUAACCUUUUUAAAAAAAGGUUAGGUUAUACAUAGUGUUUGUAAAUCAGAAAAGUUACUCAAAUUAUAUCAUGAUACUUUCUAGCCAAAUGUAUGCUACAGUGUAUGUAUAUAAGAUAAUUUGUGUGUCUAAAUAUACUUGUAGCUAAAUCCACCAGUUGGUUUAAACUAAAAAUUGCUGUUCACACAUAGAAGAAUAGAGUAGUUUUUCUGCUUUCAAAUGAUUGUGAAUGAAAGACAGUGGUGGCAGAACUGCAUCUGGGGUGGUAGUAGCUGUCUAUGAAAUAUGCAGGAUCUGAUUUCUGUGGAAGAUGAUUUUCCUUGGCCUUCAUGGUCCUUUUGGCUUCCUACUGUAUUCUUCUCCUGAUUUUGUUUUGCCAUCUUAAUGGGCUCCUUAUGCAUGAAUCAAUUUUUUGGAGCUGUUGGUAGAAUAAAAUAAUAAUCAGAAUAAGGAGAUCAAACAGUCUCUGCAUAUAGUAGCUUUGAUAGCUUCCCAAAUCUGCCACAAUGUGAAACUUAUUAAUUCUACCAGCAUAGAAUAACACCAUUUUUAUAAUUGAAUUGUAUCUUUAAAGCUGGGAAUUGUGUUGAUAGUUGUUCUCACUCUUUAUGAAAUGGGUUACAGAGUUUUGCAUAGAUUCCUACCUGAUUUUCAAGUUGGAGAUACAAAGAGAUAUCGGUAUCGUCCGGAGUCUGAGAUCGCAGAUGACAGAAUUUAUCACAUCUCCCUCAGUGCUCCGUUUUUUUCAGGGAUUAUUUACUUUCACUGGGGGAAGGAAGGAAAGUCUUACUGCUGCUUUGGAUUUACAUCAUUGUGUCAUUUGCUGUAUGAAAACUGUUCUUAGAGAUGUGUGUCUGGAUUUUGUGGUGAUUGUGGACUGUGUAAAUUCAGUUGUUUGCGUUAUUAGGUGUCUAAUCCUAACUAGAUUUUUCUAUAUAAUCAGUGGAAGGGAUAGGAUUAGAACAAGUCCAGAGAACAAUUGAUCCCAUUCUGAGGAUGAAUGAUCCUACUUGUCAUUCUGAAAAGGACAAGACUUUGUAACAGUCUAAAAUUGUUUUUCAGGUAAAAUACAAUGAUUGUUUGCUGUUACUUCUGGAGAAGAGGCUUCUGUUAUGUGGAUUUCUAGUUCUGCCACUGUUCACAAAUAUAAUCUCAGCAGAAAUGUAGGCUAAUCCACUAUAAAGACUUUUAAUUCUGUGUAUGAGGAAGUGUAAAUAUUACUGAAAUGUCCUUUAUUAUGAGCAGGCUACAUUUAUAAAGCAUUUUUUGGCAAAUAUAUUGUAAUGUCUCUCAGUACCUUGAACUAAAUUAAAACUGCAGUUUAUUCUUCAAAUUUUGUAUUAUCUAGACUGGGAGAAGAUCGAGACACAAAUUAAAUUAUCUUGUAAUGGAUUAGACCUCUGCUCUAUAAGGGAGGAUUUUUAUUAACAUGCAGACCCAAAUUCUGUUGUUCUCUCCUUUUUCAGAAGUUAAGGUAUUCAUUUUGCAAAAACACCGUUCUUCAUCCACAUGAACAUUCACCACAUUUAGAUGGAGAUUAUGCCUCAUAAUCAAGCAUUUAGGUUGAGAUUAAGCCACCAUUUUUUUGCCCUUGUACCUCAAGAUGCAUUCAAAAUAAGAACUAUUUGCCUGGCUCUUUUCUAGUAUUUUUUUAUAAGAUAUCAGAAACAGAAAAAAAAAAAACAAAAAAAAAAAAACAAAAACAGGGUAAGAACCUAGAUUACCAAAUGUCAAUAAUUUCAGGGACAGCAUCUAUGUACAGCAGAUUCUUUCACGGGUAGGGGAGAUUUAAUGAGAAGCUUUUAGUGACAUCUCCAUAUCCUGAUUUGCUCUUGAAGUCAAUAAUCUUUUCUGGUUGAUAUGAUCAAACAUGUGUUCCUCAUAGUUUUAUCACGCUACAAUCAUAGUAGCUCACAGUUCAUAAAAGGUCUAUAUUUGGUAAGGAAAAACUGUUACCUCUUAACUGGAAUUAACAAAUGUACCUGGAAACUGAAUGAAUGAAUGUUGUCCAAAGGUGGUGUUUUGAUUUAAAAGUUGAUUGUGGUAUGAUAUGUUUCAGCAUCCUGUUAAAAGGGGGAUUGUUGUUUUGGUUGGGGUUGGUUGAUUGGUUGUUUUGUUUCAAAAACAAUUGCAGUAACUGGAAUUUAAAUUAAUAUUAUUUCUAAUAUUUAGAGUUCUGCUCUGAUUUUGGUUUUGAGUGAGCUGAUACAUGUAGCAAUUCAUUCCAAAAUAUUAAGUUGCCAAGUUUUAAAAUAAACAAAUGAAUAACACAACAAACCCCUAAACAGUGUAAUAUUAAUCUACUGCAGAAGACAUAUAGACUGCCUGUAUGGCUAAGUGAAUAUUUCAGCUAUAACCUAACUGGGCUAACUUUAAGGUCAGCGUUUAAAAAAAUAGAAUAAAAUGUAAUGAUACUUAAAAAACAAAACAAAACAAAAACUCAACGAAAACCAAAAAGCAUUGCUGCAUACGUCAGUAUUUGAUAUGAAGUCUAAUUUUCCAUGUGUUUGCCAGUAACAAGGCUAUGAACUUACUGACUUUUUUCUGAAAUCUGAUACAUCUGCUUCUAAGCUUUGACAGGACAGAAUAAAGUUGAUUAUAUGUCUGUGAAUAAAUGUAAACACUUGAGAAGCUUUCAUUUGAUCAAGUUUAUUUCAAUACAGUGAUAAGUGUGUUUAGACUUUUGUCUUUUUUAUACUGCGAAAAAACCCAGCCAUUUACUGACCUUCAAUACUCUUUGAGUUACAGAAAAUGUUUUUGGAAGUGGCUGUAUUUUGGAAGUGUUGUAGUAUAUUCAUCCAUUUCAUGAUGAAUGUUAGUCACUUAACUUACAUCUUUGACUGUUUACAUAAGUCUUUUUUUCUGGGAGAUAAUCAGGCUAGCUUUCAUAAGCACUUAGCACUGUACUGUAAAAAGUUUUAAAACUUCCAUCACCGUUCCUUCAGGGGAGACAUGCUUUUGUCACCAAAGCUACAUGCUGUUCUUGUAUACCUCUGGGAAUGUGUGCCAAUGAAUGACAAUUGAAAACAAAUUCAUUUUAAUGUUAAAGUAAAAUAGUUUUUCUAUCUUUUUUUUAGAGCUAGAAUUUUAAGCUAGUAUUCUUAAUAGAAUCCUUAAAAUCUCUAGAAGUUAAUUGGAAAACCUUUGACAAAUAUUGUAUUAUCUGAUGUAUAUUCUUAUUUGUGGAAGAAUGUAUUCAAAGCCUUUAAUCAGCUCAUUUAUCUUAAAGCUUAAAUAAAAUCUAUAAAGUUCAUCUUGUUAAUAAACUUUACUGCUUUUAAAAAUAAAUUUUAAGCAUUUAAGGAGAAAACUCUAUAGCUCUUACUUAAGCAAAUCUGCCCAGCACCUCAAUUUUUCAGGUAUCUAAGCACAUAGCUGCCUCAAAUAUGUGCUUGUUGCCUUGUAGCAUGAAAACCUGAGUCAAAGCUGUGAUGUUUUGACAUUAAUUCCACUUAAGAUUUAGGGUGUCAUUCUGCAUUCUUAAAUGCUGACAGAUUUUGCUACUCGUGCUGUCAUAAACAAAUCUUGUAAGCAUGGCCUCUCUACAGUUAUUAGCAGGUUGUGGUCUAGAUGCUGUAGGAAUCCGUGUGGUAUCAGAGCUGAUUUUUGUCUGUAAAAGUUAGGAAUGGCACACAUGAACUUGUUACUUUGAGGCACGUCAUUCCAGUUCCUCCUUCCAUACACAGUUAUCCUGGCUUUGCAGUGUCCUCCCAUUGCAGUACAAAACAGAACUUUCACAGGAAUAGCAGGCAGCGUGACUGACCUAGAGAAGACACACAGCACCUGUCCUGUAGGCUGUUGUUCUACUGAAGUUUUGCAUGGUGGUUGAAAUACCAGCAAAGACUUUUUUUUCCCCCUCCAACUUAAAUAAUGUCAGGGUAUAUCUAUUAAGUACCAGAUGUGCAAGUGUGUUGAUGUUUAGUUUUAUAAAAAGCUAAGUGCACUAUUUUGGGAUCAAUUCAGGCUUUAAUAUUUUCUACUUAUGUCACUCUGAGUGUGAAAACAGUAUUUGAGACUGCAGGACCUGACAACUGAAACAUUUUACAGAAGUCUACAUGUAGUAGAUGUGACACAUAUAAUGAGUGCCAGACCAAAAUUGAAAUGUGAAAUUCCUCACUGUGACUUUAAACUUGUAGUUUCUAGAGCAAAAAAAAAUACCAUGCCUUAAACCAGUCAAUGAAUACACUCUAAAUGUAGCCUGUGGACUUCUGUAGCCUUAUAUUCGAAUUUUGAAGAUGACCAAAAUAUCUGUGUAGAUCAUACUGAAACUUGAUUUGAGGAAAAUACUUUUCAAAAAUUAUUUUGAACCCCUUUUACUACAUCUACAGAAAUGAAGAUUUAUGACAGGUACAGUAUAUUUGUAGUUUGGAAUCACACCAACCAAAGUCAUAAAGCAUUAGCUGACCUUUAUUUCUCAAGUCUUUCUAUUGUGACAAUAAGAAAAAUAGGGAAGGAAAAUUAGUCUUGGAUAUCUGUCUGAACUUGAAAGUCUGUGUGUCAAAUUAUUUUUAAAAAAUUUGUUCUUCAGUUUGUUCAAAAUAAAAAAAUCUUAUGGUUUAAGCAAAAUAUUGUAUUUAAGCCAUUGAGUAUCAAUAUCUAUGCCAGCGUGAGAAGAAAACUAGAUGGGGUUGGUUGGUUGUGUUAAAGCUCCACAAGUUUUGAAUAACGAAUUUCACUUUUUAGAAAAAAUAUUCAUAUAUAAAACCCUGAAAGGUCUUCCAGGGGUGGGGGGGAAGUUUACAUAUUCUGCUCUUCUCAAUUCAUUAAAAAAAAUAGAAAAAGUCAAGAUCUUAAAAUCUUGUUUUGAUAUAGUAGAAGGAUUUCUUAUGUUUAUUUUUUUAAUAUAAAGAGCUUAGGAAAAGCUGCCACCAACUUUUCUUAUUUGCCUCUACAGGAUUCUUCGUAUGUUUUGAACAGAACACCACAAAUUCUGUCCACACCCCCCACCCCCUCCCCCAGGCCCCUCCCAAUAUUAAUACUAUGUAACACUGAAUCUUGAAUAAAGAUGCCAUCUCAAAGCUUAUCACUGGACUGGGGAUAUUUAGGUAUGCACACAAAAUGACUGCAUGUCAGCUGAUCACAGUAAUUGUUUGAAGCAGUACAAAUCAAAGUUAUUCACCUUCUUUUCUUGAGAACAAACUGGGACCUGGCUGCCACAAUGCUGCUGAUGCAGCUCAACAGACAACAUGCAAGUUUUGUGUCUUCCAUGCUACUUCCUUCUGUAUGUUAGUUUUGAUCUUUUAAAACUCUCAUUCCUGUCACCUAACUCUGUCUUCUUUCCUUUGUGAUGAUGCUGUUUCGGUAAUUGUAGCCAUUGUUGAUUUCCUAGCUACAGGAAUGUUUUAGUAUUAAAAUCAUUGAGAGGACAGAACUACCUUUAAGGCCUUUAUAUGUGAUGAUUAGUCUAGAGAAACUGUAUAACUUGGCCUAGUAACUUGAUGCCCUGCUUACGUUUUAAUUGUUUUUCCAAGCACAGAGACAGAAUAAUGGUGGCCAAAAUACCUGUUCUGGGUAAUUGUGGGGGAGGGAGGGGCAUGUUGUUCAUUCAGCUUUAAGAGGACUUAAAACUUUGAAGAACACAUAUGUAAUGUGUGGGAAAAGCUAUCCCUUCACAAGCAGCCUCUUGCAUAUUUUUAACUCUUUCUCUGUUUUCAGUUCUUGUAUAGCUAGUGUAACUCUCAUGUUGUAGGUGGAGCUAAUUCAUAACAGUUACAGGUUUCUAGAGAUGUUCUUAGGGUCUUAUCUAUAAAUGUUUGAAUAAUGCUAUAAAUACUGUGCUUAUUAAAAUUCAGUUUAUAACUGAAUUCUGAGAUACAGAUCACGUAAUGUGUGAUAAACUUUGGCAAAGUCCUUGUCUUGUGAGAUGAUGAGGAACCUUGGAGAAUGCAUAUCUUCAGCUGAUGUUGAAAUUGCUGAAAGCCAAAAUCUCAGCAUCUUUAAAAACUGUGCUUUUUGAUACUGGUACUUUUUUGUUCAAGUUGAGGGCAAGUUGAGUGGGAGCUACUCUGGGAGGUUCAUAUUUUUUUUUAUGGUUUCCUUGUCUGCGGCAUAUGCUUCACAUUUUUUUGUCUCUUUUUUUACUUAAGUGCGCAUGACUUAGAGUACACUGUAUAGCAUAUGCUCUGCUAAAUAAACACUUCUGUAUAUUUUUGUAUGGUGUUCUAACAUGGUUGCAUUAGUACAAAUGGUUGUAAUUCACAAAAAGUGCCACUUACCAGUCAUACUCUGUAGAGUGUUGUGAAUGUUACCUGUACUUCUGUUGUACAAACACACUAAUGAGUGUUGUGAUGAACGUUUGCCUUUAGUCUUUGCUCAGGUACUCAUGCGGAGCAGUUUGGUGCUUUUCCUUCUAACUUGUAAUACUUGGGAUUCUAUGCAGAAAAUAAAAACGGUGAACAAAAGGAUUGUGGUUAGAGCACUACUUUAAGUAACAGGCGCUUUUUUCAUAUUUCAAGUAGAAUACAAUAAAGAUUGUACCUGAUGAA